CUCUGGGCCUUAACAGUCUAACUCGAACGUCGAAAUGUAUACGGUUGUAAACGCAGUGAAGCUAGCGCUAGCGCUAGUUUGCACACUAGCCGUUGUAGAAGCGGGCAUACUAUACUCAAAAGAGCCGGUAGUGAAAACUUUUAUUCUUGAUGAUGGACCACCCACAGCUUAUCCAACAUUGUCUACGAAUUUUACAUAUCCCACACCGCCAUCCUUAAAUGUAACUGACGGACCUACUACUGCCACCACGGACGGGCCGUACAACAGCACUACGCCACCGCCACCAGAGAUUAGUGGAGGCGUUGUUGUGCGCGGCGACUGCGCAUUCGAUGUGAAUGGCGGUCUCAACGAUCCAGCACCGAUCUUCACGCCGCACAACCAACUGGAAUGGCUGGUGCCAAACCCCGCAGGUGUCGUCGAAUUAUCGAAUGGCGCUUACAUCGACAUGUACUGCAGCAAGUCGUUCAUGGCACCGUUUUCCAAUCGCACCAAAGUCACAGCGCAGUGUCUGCAAAAGCAGUACUUCCUCGUUGAUGGUCUGAUUUAUCCAUUCUCCAACUUCAGCUGCACCGAUUGGCCGGGAUAUACGGCACGACGCACCGGACGCACCUGCAAUGGCGGUACAGAUCUACUGGAAGUUGGUUUUGAGCUCUCGGCGGGCUUUCUACAAACCAUGGAUAUUUGUCACGAUGAAGUGAAUGAGGUAACCCGCUACGUGCAUCACAAGCUAAAUCCCUCCAGUGCCGGCUAUCAGCAUGGCGUCUCACGUCCACGCUUCAUUACCGGCGACUUUUAUGCCGGCAAAAAUGUGGAUAACCUCUACACGAAGAAACAACAGAAUCAAACCUUCAGCAAUAUACUUGGCAUGGACGCAUCACCAUUCUUCAACGACACCAUCGAUGUCUAUUUGGCGCGCGGUCACAUGGCCGCCAAAGUGGACUUCAUCUUCGGCGCGCCACAGAAAGCGACUUUCUACUUCGUAAAUGCUGCGCCGCAAUGGCAGAUGUUCAACGGUCGCAAUUGGGAGCGUGUCGAGGACGGUGUGCGUCGGUAUGCCAGCACUCAGGCGUUGGACUUGGACUGCUAUACCGGUAUUUGGGGUAUUUCCACGCUGCCAGACGUUAAUGGUGUGCAACGCGAGCUAUACUUGGCCUUUGACGAGAACAACAAUGGUCUGAUACCAGUGCCUAAAAUCUAUUUCCGCGUGGUCAUCGAUCGCAAAACACGCAAGGGCAUUGUUUUGAUAGGUGUCAAUAAUCCACAUGCGUCACUGGAGGAGAUCCAGAGAGACUAUGUGAUUUGCAAGGAUGUGGGUAAACGCAUCAAUUGGAUUAGCUGGGAUAAGGAGAACCUUAAAAAUGGUUACUCAUAUGCCUGUGGAGUCGAGGAUUUCAUAAGUGUCGUAAAAGACUUGCCGUUGGACGAAUUAUACACAACCGGGCUGUUGGGCGUGGAGGAAAUCAAAAUUGAAAAUAUACCACUUUAGAAGAGUCAGUCAGUAAAAACAGGUUGCGAAGCAAUGGGUAUAUCAGAGCUUUAAUAAAUCUUGUCGAAAUUCUAAACUAGCAACAGCAAUGUGGAGUGUUUUCUAAUAUUUACCAUAUUGAUAACGGCGCUUAAUAAAUCUACAAAUGACUAUCUUACAGCAAUAAAAAUCAAAAAUUUCUAAA